AUGGCUUCUCCUUUCAAGUCCCUCGUUCAUGAUGAUGAAUGUUAUGACAAGUCCUUCGCUGUGUUUAAGAUGCAUAUAGAUGCACAUCAGUACAAAAAAGACUUCAUCUGCAAGACUCUGCCUGACCAUCUGGCCAGCAUUGGGGACGGGAAAUCGAUAAAGAUCAUUGGACUUGGGACUGGAGAAGGUGAUUAUGACAUAGAGAUGCUCUCCCAUAUGCGUCUGAAGCACCCAGGGGUGCUACUGGAUAACGAGGUGGUGGAGCCAAGUGCACUUCGGAUUCACAAAUAUAAAGAGAGGGCGGCUCAGAUGUCCCACUUGGACCCAGUCAACUUCACCUGGCACCAGAUGACGGCCUCCAAGUUUGAGGAGCAGUGGAGACAGAGAAAUAUCACCAAGAAGGUCGACUUCAUCCACAUGCUCCAUAUGCUGUACUAUGUUGAGGAUCUUGGAGCGACCCUCAGAUUCUAUCAGAGCCUCCUGAAGAAGAACGGCAAAAUGCUGAUAUAUAUAGUAUCAGCUGAGUCUGGCUGGGUGAAGAUGUGGAGAACCUUCUACACUCAGCUGAGCCCCCCAGGGACUCGUACUUGUUUUCCACAACGGAACACAGCAGAUAUAAAGCAGCUGCUAGAUGAAGCUGGAGUCCCGUACCAGAGUUAUAAGGUGCCGUCUAUGCUGGACAUCACCGACUGUUUCACUGAAGGACAUGAAACUGGAGAGCUGAUUCUAAAUUUCAUCACAGAGAUGGUUAACUUUAGAAAGACAGCCCCACAUGAGCUCAGAGAGGGGGUACUGAGGAUGCUGCAAGACCCUCAGUGCAGUAUGGAGAAAAAUGGAAGAAUUCUGUUAAAUAUUUGUGAGGAGUUCAUUAUCGUGGAAGCAACCGAUUAA